AUGGCCACGGCCGGAAAUAGCAGCACCGUCCCUGAUUCUAAAGAUAGCCAGACUGGCUUGAGAGAUAACCUCAGGAAGCUCUUGACAUCUUACCGAUAUCCCGGCUAUCCACCCACUGAUCUAUCGAUUCACUCUUCGUUCGACCAGCCCUAUCUAAAAUUUGAUAGUUCUAGGAACUGCUUCAGCUAUCCAUCCGACGAUGAAGCUCCGUUGGACUCUGCGAAGCCGACCGGGGGUAGAGCGACCCCGCGAAUAAUUGUUUACAUGAUCCCUGGAAACCCCGGCUUGGUGGAAUUUUAUGAACAGUUCCUCUCACUCUUGUGUGCGUCUUUCGAUCAGGUCGGCGGAUGUGAAAUCGUCUGUAGCGGUCAUCUCGGUCAUUCCUUGCGACAUAACUCCAACUUGGACUUCAGAUUCUUGGAAAACUUCAAGCUGUGGAAACUUUUCCAGUCCUCGAACCAACCUCUUCCAUCUACUCCUCCCCAACUCGGUGGUAGCUCCUUAGAUGAUCAAAUUGAGUAUCAUUCUGAGAUUGUCGGCAAAAUUAUUCAUCAAGGAAUCGGUGAUCCUACUAAAACGAAGCUAGUCGUCAUCGGACAUAGUGUUGGUGGACAUAUUGCUACAAAGGUACUUGAAAGAUACCCCGACCAGGUGAUGCACAUCAUCGGCCUGUUCCCGACGAUUUCGCAUAUUGCCCGAUCACCCAACGGGCUCCGAUUGUCACCCUUAUUUUCGCCAAUUCUACUACCAUUCAUCAACAUGCUCCAAAUCCUAGUUUCUUUGGCUCUACCCAAGAUGAUUAUCUGCCGUCUGAUUACACUCUACUAUAACCCCAUCAGUGGAACCAGAAGCGAAUCUCGACCAGCUGCUCAAGGCCUCCCGGGAAGCGGAAAGAAGGCCGAUGAUACCUCGGAACAGAACUUGCUGAUCAUGCUCAAUUUCAUCUUGAAUAUCAAUUGUGUCUCGGCAGUCUUGAAGAUGGCUCGAUCAGAGAUGGAAUCGAUUUGUGCAUUAGAUACCAAGUUCAUCCAUCUAUUCCAUCAACAGCUGACAUUAUUCUGGACAAGUCAUCAGGCAGAUGAAUGGGUAGGCGAGACCGAAAUCACGGAAAUCAUCGAGCUUCUGAGUCUGCACCCUGACACUUCUCCAGAUAAUGUAAAUAAUACAAUCAAUCAUCAACAUCGUGUCGUUCCCUCUCAUCUCAAUCAGUCCUCCAUCCUGUUUGGGGACAAGUCAAUAGACUCUCAAUCUCAAGUUAAACCUUCCGGCAAAAUUCCGUCCUGGAAGAGAAUGGAUGAAGGGAUACCACAUGCGUUUUGCUUGAAGGAUAAUGAAGUGAUGGCUAAAGAAUGUAGUGCACUGAUCCAGCAAAAAUUGUCCAGUUUUAAUCCUUGA